AUGGCCCCGUCGUACCAGUCGUUGCCUGUCGAGCUCCUGAGCCGAGUCGCCGAGCUCGUCCACGAGCAAGACCUGGCCUUCGCCGCGUCCCCUGUGCCGCGAGCCGAUUCGCCGACUAGCAACAAGCCGGGCAAACACGUCGACGUGACGGGCGGCACAUGGAGCUAUUGGCAUGGUCGCGGCAUCCGGGCUCUCGCGCAAGUGGACCGUCGUUCCCGCACAGCCGCCGUCCCCAUCCUGUACCAGAGCAUCACGGCCAAGCAGACAAGCACCUUGUACUUCCGCCUCGAGGUCCUCGGUGAGCCCCUCGGGGCUUUCGUCCGCCACGUCGACGUCGACACGGUCUACGACGCGCACAUCGCCCCUCUCGCGUGUGCGCUUCGCAAACUGCCCAACCUGACGUCGGUCAAGCUCGGCUACGAGGUCGUGCGUGACUGCAUCGCGUGUCACGACGAGGUCGAGUUGCCCGAGGACUUCUUGGCGCUCAAGUCGUCGAUGCGGCACGCGCUCGGCAAGGUCAAGUCGCUCGAGGUGGACGUCAUAGGCCAGUCCUCAUUGCUGAAGACGCUCGUCUGCGUCGACGGAGCUCGCCUGCGCAAGCUGCACUGGGUCGACCCGGAAUGGCCCUCGGAGCCCGACGUCGAGCUCGAGUGCGCCGUGCGCAGCCUAGUCGGCCUCGUCGAGCUCGAGGUCAGCAACCUGUACCUGCAAAACUACGACGACCUGCGGCGGUGCCCGCCGUUCCCGACGGUCCUUUCGCUCGUCCUCCGCGGUACUCACGGCGACGACCACAAGAACCUCGCGCUCGCCCACUACCUCGCGCCGUCGGUCACUCGCCUCGCGAUCUACUACGGCGUCGUCGAAUCUCCGUUCGACGACGAGCUCGAGCCUCUCCCGCGCCCGCUCCUGCCGACUCUCAAGUCGCUCAUCGUGGAGGCCACCUCGUGUCCCCCCGUGUUCGACCAUCUCAACCUCGGCGCCCUCGAGCACUUCAAGAUGACGCACAAAAGGGCAUGUAUCGAGUUUCCGCUCGACAUCGACGAGGUGCCGUUCAAGGGCGCGCCAGUGCGCACCAUCACGCUCGCGUUCCGAGCCAGCCCGCUCGUCAAGGCGAGCAAGAAGGUCCUGCGCCUCCUCGAUGCCGCCGGCGUACAUCUCGUCGUCGAGCAGAGCCCCUUGUCGGUCCCACAGCUCAAGGCCACGGGCAGGGUCGGCGGCAGCCCGGCCAACACGCUCGCCGUCGCCCGUCGCGCGCACAGCCAGCUCGUCAACACGCUCGACUGGGCCCGCCGCCGCGCCGACUGGCUCGACGAGGUCGAUGACGCGCCGGGCCUGCACGAGCUCGCGCACGCGACGGCGAGGUUGCACGAGCGCUACCUCAUGGACCGCGCGUGA